CGAUCACGAAUUUGCAGUGACGAACGAAUGAUCUAGCGCAACGCUCAACAGGUAGUUAUAGUUAGUGUUCAUUAGCAGAAGGAAGCGAUCGAAGAUCGUCAUCGGGAUCUUUAGUGGUGCAAGUUGAAGAACCUCGUCGAUCGGAUAAAGGUUUACGUGAUAGCGAUAGCAAUAAAGGAAAAACCUGAUUUCAACGCAGUGUCAAGAGUUCUUCGCGAUUUGUUGCAGUUGAGCUGUAAGCGACAAGGAAUUUCAAAAUGAGACUCAAAUACACGUUAGGAAUAAUCCUGCUAGUAACCUUACAUCAAACCAACUGCCAAAGAACCAACUCGGAAGGUUCUACGGAUGCCAGCAGUGCCGAUAUAGUUGCCAACAGUGUCACCAAUUUGGCACAGAAAAUCAGCCGAGCUAUAGUGAGCCAGCGUAGCAAGACGGAAAUUUUUUCGCCAGUCAGUAUCGCGGGUGCCCUGUCGCUGCUGUUGCUCGGAUCCGGCGGUACGACCCGAACAGAACUGAUGGACCUGAUGGGUUUCUCGAACAAUACGAUCAAUUUCACCGAAAUUCACAAAGGCUUCGGAAAACUGUUCCGCGAUCUGGUAUCCAACGAUCCGAGCCUGAAAGCCAGUGUGCCUUGGCGGGAAAAUGACACGUGCAACAACGUGGACUACGAUGAUUUUACUUCGUCGCGGAGCGGGUUGCCGGUGGGAACCAAAGGUCGACGGAAUCGGCGUGAUGCAGAAUUUGACCGCUUUUUGCAUGAAAUUCACAUCGCAAACGGAAUCUUUCUGGAUAACGCCUUCAAUCUGAACCCUACGUACGAUCAAACAGCCAAGGAAUUGUACCAGAGUGAAGUAGAGAAGCUCGAUUUCGUCAACUCUCCACAUGACGCAACAAAACAUAUAAACAAUUGGGUCAACCAAAGCACCCACGGUAAAAUUCCGGAAAUUUUUCCAGGUGCUGUCAGUAGCAAUACGAUGAUGGUAAUCGUCAGUGCUCUGUACUUUAAAGCACUGUGGCAGGAAAUGUUCAUUGAGGGUGGCACAAAGCUUCGAGAUUUCUAUCCCGACGGGAGAAAUCAAGAUCCCAUCAAGGUGAACAUGAUGGCUCACGGUGGAUGCUUUCCAUUCUACCAUUCAAAUGAGCUAGACGCGAGCAUUCUAGGAAUUCCCUACAAAAACAAGCUAACCACAAUGUAUGUAAUUAAACCUGACUCUUCCAGUCGACAAGUUCUUCAUGAGCUGAUAGCUAGAUUAGACGGCGAAACAAUAAACAACAUGAUUGAUCACAUGAAGAUGAAGACUGCAGUUAUUCUGUUUCCAAAGAUGCAUGUUACUAGCACGCUCAAUUUGAAAAGCACCUUAAAACUCCUAGGCGUAAGAUCGCCAUUCCAUCCGGGGCGCAGUGAUCUAUCUGCGAUUUCUGGAUCUGGAUCUUCGCCGGAACAGUCAAUCCAAGCGCGACCAGCAGUAAACUUACCUUUCUAUUCCUCCUACAAAAAUAAACAAAAACAACCAUCCAACCCAAAUCAACUAGUUUUCUCGCGAGUGGACAGCAAUACGGACAAUGAAGUGACAACAUCACUGCCAACGACCCUAGAUUCAACCCUGAACGAGGAAGAAACGGAUGCUCCCACGACCAUGGAAACCAUGGAAGUGGUACAGGCAACUAAAAAAUCACUGCGAUCAGCACGUGAUGUAUCCUACAAAACUCCACCGGAAACGAAAGGUAAAGCAGAUCCCCUAAGCAGCAAAGAUUUCUUUUUGAAUAAAAGAAUCGUAAAACCGACGGGCGGAAAAAAGGCACGUCGAUCGCGUCGGGAAGCACUGCAACAGUUGUUCGUCAGUGACGCUAUUCACAAGGUAGAGCUGGAAAUCAACGAACGCGGAACCGAGGGAGGUGCAGCUACGGCCAUAACGUUGAACCGCUCCGGAACCAAUGUGGUGUUUCGUGCGGACGAACCAUUUUUGCUACUGAUUAGAAAUGAUCAAACCAAACUGCCCCUGUUCUUUGGAGCCGUAUAUGAUCCCAGAGAAUACCAAUCGGUAGAGGUCAACAUCGGCAACGGACUGUUCGCUCAGUACGGUCAGACCUUCGACGAGAAGUACAAACUGCUGGCCGAGCAGCUUUAUCAGAGCAAUAUGAUGUUCCUCAAUUAUUCGACCAAUCCCCAGAAAGCCGUGGCAAUCAUUAACGAUUGGGUACGAGAGCGUACCCGCGGCAAAAUUCCGCAAAUAGUUAACCAGCUGGACACAGACACGAUGCUGGUGAUUGCCAAUACCCUGUACUUCAAGGCUGAAUGGGACGAGCCAUUCCUAAAAGACGGCACGAAACAAAGGAAGUUCUUCCCCAAUGGACCACAGAAGCCUGCGACUGACGUACUGAUGAUGGUGCAUGGAGGAUGCUUUCCGUACUACCACUGGAAAGAAGCGGACGUACGAGUUAUAGGCAUUCCAUACAAAAGGAACUACACCAUGUAUAUCUUUAUGCCCGUAAAUUCUGACAGAAGUAAACUUGAGGCACUGCGAGAAAAGCUAAAUGCCGAUAACGUGAAUGAUAUCGUAGCAAAAAUGCAAGUUAAAACUGCAUCAAUACAGUUUCCCAAAAUGCACAUGCUCAACUCAUUCAGUUUAAAGCAGGUUCUCGAGCAGUUGGGUGCAUCGAGUAUAUUCGAUAGAGUAGGCAGCGAUUUAACUCGUAUUCUUGCUGGACCCGGCGCGAUUUCCAGAGUCGAUUCGUCAAACGUCGAUGAUAUACUGGAUUGGUGGGGCGACACCAAGGAUAAUGCUGAGAAAAAGCUUCAGGAAGCGUUUCCCGAUUGUGGCACUAUUACCGAGGUAGACGUUGAAAAUAAGCAAAAGUGUGAGAAAAACCCAAGGUGUCGCUUCGGUGGUGAAACCUGUUUGUGUUGCCCUAAAACGUUCGGUUUCCGGAAGCGUCGUAAUGCCAUCGAACAACGUCUUUUCGUCAACGAAGUGAUCCAUAAAGUCGACGUCGUCGUUAAUGAGAAAGGAACUGAGGGUGGGGCAGUUACGGCAACUCUGCUGGAUCGUAUCACUCCUCAAGUUAAUUUCCGUGCAAACGGUCCAUUUGUGAUGCUGAUACGUGACGAGUUGACUAAACUACCUCUUUUCUACGGAAGCGUCUACGAGCCUACAUCUUAGUUAUUGGAACGCUUUCCGUACAAGUUCCAGUUUCUGUUCCAUUAAAAUAUCUCAAUUAAUAAAAUUCUCAAACUUUGUCGGCAAUAA